GGUUUGUUCCAGAGUUGGAAAAAUUAGAAUAAUAUAUUUUAUCCAUGUUUGGAAAAAGAUAGUUGCUACAGACAAGGAGGAUUUAUAGCGGUAUUGCAAAAAGAUGAGUAUGUUAAAACCAAGUGGACUUAAGGCUCCUUCCAAGACCCUCAAGCAUGGAAGUACCUUGCUGAAAACACCUGCAUCUGUUGCAGCUGCUCCGGCAGAAAAAGCAGCUUCCAGUGACAAGACCUCAAGCACAACCACUGCAGAUGCACAUGAAGAGUUUGUGGAUGAUUUCAGAGUUGGGGAGCGCGUUUGGGUCAAUGGAAAUAAACCUGGCUUUAUUCAAUUCCUUGGUGAAACGCAGUUUGCUCCAGGACAGUGGGCAGGGAUUGUUCUAGAUGAACCAAUUGGUAAGAAUGAUGGCUCUGUGGCUGGAGUUCGCUAUUUCCAGUGUGAACCCUUGAGGGGAAUAUUUACAAGACCAUCAAAAUUGACAAGAAAAGUGCUGACAGAAGAUGAAGCCAAUGGUACACAGACAGCUCACGCUUCUAGAGCUACAUCACCAACUUCCACAUCAGCUGCUAGUAUGGUCUCUUCAUCUGCUGCACUUCCCCCUUCAGGAAUUCCGCAGAAAACUUCACCACUUGCUGCUAAGGAACAUUCAACUCCUCCUCAGAUUAGCAAUCUUUCAAAAACUGCAAGUGAAUCUGUAUCAAAUCUCUCUGAAGCCGGAUCACUAAAGAAAGGAGAAAGGGAGCUCAAAAUUGGAGAUCGAGUUCUGGUUGGUGGGACAAAAGCUGGAGUUGUGCGUUUCUUGGGAGAAACUGACUUUGCUAAAGGAGAGUGGUGCGGAGUAGAACUGGAUGAACCUCUGGGGAAGAAUGAUGGAGCUGUUGCUGGAACAAGGUAUUUUCAGUGUCAGCCAAAAUACGGUUUAUUUGCUCCGGUCCACAAAGUUACGAAGAUUGGAUUCCCGUCGACCACACCAGCGAAAGCAAAGACAACUGUGCGAAAAGUGGUUGCGACUCCCACAGCCCUGAAACGGAGCCCAAGUGCAUCUUCCCUGAGCUCUCUCAGUUCUGUGGCAUCUUCAGUAAGCAGCAAGCCAAGCCGUACAGGACUAUUGACAGAAACAUCCUCCCGGUAUGCAAGAAAAAUUUCUGGUACCACAGCUCUGCAGGAGGCACUGAAGGAGAAGCAGCAACACAUUGAACAGCUCCUGGCAGAAAGGGACCUGGAGAGGGCAGAAGUUGCAAAAGCAACCAGUCACGUAGGGGAAAUAGAGCAGGAAUUAGCACUUGUUCGCGAUGGACAUGAUCGGCAUGUACUGGAGAUGGAAGCAAAAAUGGACCAGCUACGAGCUAUGGUGGAGGCUGCUGACAGGGAGAAAGUGGAGCUUCUCAAUCAGCUUGAGGAAGAGAAAAGGAAAGUUGAAGACCUUCAGUUCCGUGUGGAAGAAGAAUCCAUUACCAAAGGAGACCUAGAGACGCAGACCAAACUGGAGCAUGCCCGCAUUAAGGAGCUUGAACAGAGCCUGCUCUUUGAAAAGACCAAAGCUGACAAACUCCAGAGGGAGUUAGAAGACACUAGGGUGGCCACGGUAUCAGAAAAAUCUCGCAUCAUGGAACUAGAAAGAGAUCUAGCAUUGCGGGUGAAGGAAGUAGCUGAGCUUCGAGGGAGAUUAGAGUCUAGUAAACAUAUUGAUGAUGUGGAUACUUCUCUUUCGUUAUUACAAGAAAUAAGUUCUUUGCAAGAAAGAAUGGCAGCAGUUAGCAAAGAACAUCAGAAUGAGAUGAAUUCACUGAAAGAGAAGUUUGGUAUUAGUGAAGAAGCAUUGCAGAAAGAGAUCAAAUCGCUUUCAGCUUCAAAUGAGAGAAUGGCAAAAGAAAAUGAGUCCUUGAAAACUAAGCUUGAUCAUGCCAACAAGGAGAAUUCAGAUGUAAUCGAGCUCUGGAAAUCGAAGCUGGAAUCUGCAAUUGCCUCCCAUCAGCAGGCAAUGGAAGAACUAAAAGUUUCUUUCAGCAAAGGUGUAGGGGCUCAGACAGCAGAAUUUGCAGAGUUAAAGACUCAGAUUGAGAAGAUUAAAUUAGACUAUGAAACUGAAAUGUCAAACUUAAAACUGAAGCAUGAAAAUGAAAAAGCUCAUCAUUUAAAAGAGAUUGAAUCACUGAAAGCAAAACUGUUGGCAGUCACAGAGGAGAAAGAGCAACACCUGGAAAGCCUGAAGACCAAACUGGAAAGUGUGGAAGAUCAGCAUCUAGUAGAAAUGGAAGACACUUUAAACAAAUUACAGGAAGCUGAAAUAAAGGUAAAGGAGCUAGAGGUACUGCAAGCCAAGUACAAUGAACAAACCAAAGUUAUUGAUAGUCUUACACCACAGAUCAAAGCUGCUGAAGAAAAGCUUUUGGACCUUGCUGCACUUCAGAAAGCCAAUUCUGAAGGUAAAUUGGAAAUCGAGAACCUUAGCAAGCAGCUUGAGGCAGCUGAGAAACAAAUUCAGAAUUUAGAGACUGAAAAGGCUAGUAAUCUGGCCAAAGAACUGCAGGGCAAAGAGCAAAAGCUUCUUGACCUUGAGAAAAACUUGAGUGCAGUAAAUCAAGUUAAAGAUUCUUUGGAAAAGGAACUUCAAGUUUUGAAAGAAAAGUUUACUAGUGCAGCUGAUGAAGCAGAAAACGUUCAACAAACUAUGCAAGAAACAAUAAAAAAACUAAACCAAAAAGAAGAGCAGUUUGCACUCAUGUCUUCAGAACUGGAACAGCUGAAGUCUAGUUUGACUGUGAUGGAGAAGAAAUUGAAGGAGCGAGAAGAGAGAGAACAGCAACUGAUUGAAGCUAAAGCCAAACUUGAAAAUGAUAUUGCAGAGAUCAUGAAGUCUUCAGGAGACAGCUCUGCCCAGCUUACGAAAAUGAAUGAUGAGCUCCGGUUAAAAGAAAGGCAGUUGGAGCAAAUACAACUUGAGCUUACAAAAGCAAAUGAAAAGGCUGUUCAGCUUCAGAAAGAUGUGGAGCAGACAACACAGAAAGCUGAGCAGAGUCAGCAAGAAACUCUCAAGAUUCAUCAAGCAGAACUGAAAAAUAUGCAGGAUCAACUAACGGACAUGAAAAAGCAAAUUGAGACCAGCCAAAAUCAGUAUAAGGAUCUUCAAGCAAAGCAUGAAAAAGAAACUUCUGACAUGAUCACUAAGCACGAUGCAGAUAUGAAAGGGUUUAAGCAGAACUUGCUGGAUGCAGAAGAGGCGCUGAAAGUUGCACAAAAGAAAAAUAAUGAGUUAGAAACUCAGGCUGAGGAGCUGAAAAAGCAAGCAGAACAGGCCAAAGCUGCCAAAAUGGCAGAAGAUGUUUUCCAGACUGUGGAGAAGGUGACCAAAGAGAAGGAUGCCAUUCACAAAGAAAAGAUUGAAACUUUGGCCUCUUUGGAGAACUCUAGACAGACAAACGAGAAGCUACAGAAUGAAUUGGACAUGCUUAAACAAAAUAACCUGAAAAAUGAAGAGGAACUUAAUAAAUCGAAGGAGCUUCUAAAUCUGGAGAACAAGAAAGUGGAAGAACUUAGAAAAGAAUUCGAAGCGCUGAAGCUGGCAGCAGCUCAGAAGUCCCAGCAGCUCGCGGCUUUGCAAGAGGAGAACGUGAAACUUGCCGAGGAGCUGGGCAGGAGCAGGGACGAAGUCACAAGUCAUCAGAAGCUGGAAGAGGAGAGAUCAGUACUCAAUAACCAGUUAUUAGAGAUGAAAAAGAGAGAAUCAACAUUAAAAAAAGAAAUCGAUGAAGAAAGAGCAUCUUUACAAAAAUCCAUCAGUGCUACUAGUGCCUUGAUCACACAAAAAGAUGAGGAACUGGAAAAACUCAGAAAUGAGAUCACAGUGCUCCGUGGAGAAAACGCUUCUGCAAAAACCUUGCAGUCAGUGGUUAAGUCACUGGAGUCUGAUAAAUUGAAACUUGAGGAAAAGGUGAAGAACUUGGAGCAAAAACUCAAGGAAAACAACGAACAGCCUUUAACUGUAACUAGCUCCUCAGGUGACAUUGCUGCUAAUCUACUUCAAGAUGAAAUUGCAAAAGAGAAGCAGCAUGAGAUUGACUUCCUGAAUUCAGUGAUAGUAGAUCUGCAAAGGAGAAACGAAGAAUUGAACCUGAAAAUACAAAGAAUGUGUGAAGCAGCCCUCAAUGGCAACGAAGAGGAGAUAAAUAACUAUGACAGUGAGGAAGAAAGCUUGUCAAAGAAGAAACCUCGUCUCUUCUGCGAUAUCUGCGGCUGCUUUGAUCUUCACGACACUGAAGACUGUCCGACCCAGGCACAGAUGCUGGAGGAGCCGCCCCACUCAGCUUACCAUGGCAGCAGGAGAGAAGAACGCCCCUAUUGCGAUACCUGUGAGAUGUUUGGGCACUGGACGGCUGACUGCAAUGACGACGAGACCUUCUAAUGCAACGCACAGCACAGAACAGACUGUCUUUCCACCCUAAUUGGACGAUUUAUGCCACCAGCAUUUGUGUGUGCUGAAUGUCAGGAAAGGGGACAGUGUUUCUUGACCCCCUCGCUCCCAUUCCCCUUGCCCAUCCACUCCAGAAUCAGUAAAUUCAUAAAUAUUUUGCUCCUCCACUAAUAAAUACCCUAUCUCCCUUUAAUAAACUUAAGUCAAAUAUAAAUAAAUGAUUUAACAAAUUACUUUAUGCUAUUUCUUCCCAGGUUCUG